AUGUGUAGUGCAUUCUCCAUACCUGGUGUGACUCUAGAAGGACUUAGAUUAUAUCUUUUCUCGUAUACACUGCGGGAUGAAGCAAAGAGGAGGGCUCAGUCGUUAGAGCCAGAUGAGAUUAAUGCAUGGGAUCAGUUGGUUGAAAGACAAUUAGUGAAGAGUUGUUCGUAUAUCGGGAUUCCCGAUUGCAUUCUGAUGGAGACUUUUUACAAUGGCUUGGAUCAACCAACGCAAGUAGUUGUUGAUGCCUCCGCAGGAGAAGGAUUGAUGGACAGGUCGUAUACGGAAGCAAAGAGCAUCUUAGAUUGCAUUUCGCGAAAUUCAGAUGAAUGGUUAGAUACUGGGCUUGAGGAAAGAGGUUUAGAGCAAGAAAGAGCAGAAGGUGUUGUUGUACCAACUGAUACAAUGAACACCCUGAUAGACCAGAUGACCACAAUGACCUCGCUCCUUCAAACUAUGGCUAAUCAGCAAAGACAUCUCUCUCAUGAAUCAGCGCAAGUCAAUGCGUUGACACACGUGGCCGCAAUGAAUUGCGUUCAAUGUGGAGAGGGACAUUUAGCGGAAGUCUACCCGUGGAAUCAGCAAUUCGUAUACUCUAUCUACAAUGAUCCGUUCGGCAACACCUACAACCCUGGUUGGCAGAAUCACCUAACUUUCAGUUGGGACGAGAAUCACAACCAGGGGAGCCAAAGUGAUCAUCAGAACAAUUAUCAAGGGAAUCGAGGCAAUCCUCCGGUCUUCAUUAAUCAGGAUCACAGCUCAGGUAAUUUUCAAAUUAUACAACCCUAUGACCAACCAUUCUUUUCGGACAGCUCUUACAGUACCUCUUCUCUGGAAACAUUGUUGAAACAUUAUAUCGAGAAUAGCGAGGCAAUUAGGCAAUCACAUGCUUCUUCCCUUAGAGUGCUAGAGGAGCAGGUUGAACAACUUGCGAUUGAACUUAAGAAUAAAACACAUGGUAUGCUGCCCAGUAGUUCGGGAGUAUCGGAGCCACGUGAUAAAGAACAAUGUCAAGCAGUGACAUUGAGAAGUGGUAAAACAACAGUCCCCGUGCCACCUGUACCAGAUUCAAUGUCAAGACCAGUAGAUUUAACCACCACGAUGACCAGUCAACCAUUAAUGACAGAAUCACCAAUUCAGAAUGCGCUGUUUCAAAACAACAUCCCCACCAAAAUGAAAGAUCCUGGGAGUUUCACAUUGCUCUGCUCAAUAGGAGGGAAGAAGGUCGGAAAUGCACUGUGUGAUUUAGGGGCAAGUAUAAACUUAAUGCCCUUGUCGAUCUUCAAGAAGCUAAAUAUCGGCAAUGCAAGACCAACCACAAUUACAUUGCAGUUGGCCAAUAGAUCGAUAAUGCAUCCCGAGGGCAAGAUAGAGGAUGUACUCCUGCAAGUAGAUAAGUUCAUCUUCCUUGUUGACUUUAUCAUAUUAGAUUAUGAAGCUGACAGAGAGGUGCCUAUCAUCUUGGGUCACUCAUUUCUUGCAACAGGAUGUUGGACCGACUUGCUGGGAAUGAAUUCUUCUAAUUUCUUGACGGAUACUCAGGGUAAAACCAAAUUGCAAUUGCGCUGGAGGAUCAAGAUAAGACAACCUUCACGUGCCCAUUUGGCACGUUUGCAUUCCAUCGUAUGCCGUUUGGACUCUACAAUGCACCAGAUCGCAAGGCCCCUAAGUGUGCUUCUUGAGGCUGGUCAUGAAUAUGACUUUGUUGAUGCGUACACUGAAGCAUUCCACACAUUGAAAGAUGCACUCAUCACUGCACCCAUUCUGAUUACGCCGAAUUGGACGCCACCGUUUGCAUUGAUGUGUGAUGCCAGUGGAUAUGCAGUGGGCACAGUUUUGAGUCAGCGCAAGGACAAGGAGAAAGAAAAAGACAUUGAAGAAAGAUUCCCUGAUGAGUUACUGAUGUUGGUAGGUAUUAAUGUUCAAUGGUAUGCGGACAUUGUAAACUUCAUCGUUUGCAGCCAAGUACCAGAAGACUAUACUUACCAGUAG